GAUAUUUUAAAGAACGGCAAAAUAAAGAGACACCGCCGACUCUUGCCUUAGAUAAGGGAAAGCGAAUCCGAGCUGCUCGCACACGCCCCCUUCUUCGUCAUCUCGAUCCCCGUCCGCCUCUCGCGUUGAAUCGCUUCCGCCCUCAUCCUUCUUGCUUAGGUCCGGCCAAUCGUUUGGGUCUUGGAGGAGCUGCGGCGAUGGCCGGCGCGCUGGUGGAUCGAGCCACGAGUGACGCGCUCAUCGGUCCGGAUUGGUCGAUGAACCUUGAGAUCUGCGAUGUCCUCAAUCACGACCCCGGACAAGUUAAAGAUAUUGUAAAGAUACUCAAGAAACGUAUUGCACAUAAAAAUUCCAAGGUCCAACUUCUUGCACUAACGCUUUUAGAAACAAUUGUUAAAAAUUGUGGGGACAUAGUGCACAUGCAUGUUGCUGAGAAAGAUAUAUUGCAUGAGAUGGUCAAGAUUUUCAAAAAGAAGCAGUCCGAUUUCCAUGUUAAGGAAAAGAUACUCAUAUUAAUAGAUACAUGGCAAGAAGCUUUCGGUGGUCCUCGGGCAAGAUAUCCACAAUAUUUUGCUGCCUAUCAGGAACUGUUGAGAGCUGGAGCUGUUUUCCCUCCAAGAACGGAUACAUCUCCACCUAUCUUUACUCCUCUACAGACACAACCUCUGCAAACUUAUCCUCCAUCAAUGCGAACCCCUGGUUAUCAAACUGAACCACCUGAGUCUUCAGUUGCAUCUGAAUUUCCUGCUUUGAGCCUCACUGAAAUUCAGAAUGCUGGUGGUAUCGUAGAUGUUCUUGCUGAGAUGUUAAAUGCUUUAGAUCCUAGAAACAAAGAGGGGCUUAAACAAGAGGUAAUUAUUGACCUUGUCAGCCAAUGUCGUACUUACCGACAGAGAGUCGUCCAUCUUGUUAACACAACAUCAGAUGAGGAGCUACUAAGCCAAGGACUUGCUUUGAAUGAUAAUUUACAGAAAGUACUAGCAAAGCAUGAUGCUAUAGCUGCUGGAAUUGCAGUUCCUGUUGAGAAGCAGCAAAAACCUCUCCAGGCACUUGUAAAUGUUAAUGAUUCUUCAUCUAGCAAAGAUUCAGAGCAAAGAAAUAGGUUGUCAAUUACAACCACAAGUGCAAAUAAUCAACCGCCUGUACAGAAAUUAUUGCCGCCAUCACCACCUCAAUCUGAUAGUUCAAAAUCUUCUUCAGUUAAAAUAGAUCCAAAUAUGGACCUUCUUAGUGGCGAUGACUUUAACAAACCUGCAACGGAUGAUCUGCUAGCUCUAGUUCCUGUCACCCAACCAGCUAGAAAUUCUGCUUCAGACCAGAACAUCUUAGCUCUUGCAGACAUGUUUCCUCCAACUAACUAUAACAGUAGCACAUCUCCUGCAAACAUAUUUGAUUCAAAUUCUGCAUUUUCACCACAACAGAGAUAUCCUGGUGUUUCCAACCUUCAGCUGCAAACAUCACAAUCACAUUCUGUGCCCUUUGGUAAUGGAAGCAUUCCAAACUUAACAGCAUCCCAAUUUGAGCACAGUCAUGCCAAUGGAGUACAGCUAAACCAGGCAACAAAUGCAUGGAAUGGUCAACUUGUUCCGGCACACAACCCACAACAGCAACCAAUGGGCUAUGGCGCAAGUGAGCAAGAUGGGGCUUUACCCCCGCCGCCAUGGGAAGCACAACCAUUACAGAAUGAAAUAACUGCUUUGCAGCAUCAACCACUCCACGCUGGGCAACUUGGAGCCAUAACUCAACCCAUGCCAGGUGGACAGCUGGGCGCCAUGCCGCCACAGUCUAUUCCAGGAAGUCAGCAGGGGGGAAUGCAUCCACAGCAUACAUCAGUCACCCAGCUUACAGGUGGUUUACAACCACAAUUUGGACCAAGCAGUCAGUUUCCAGGCAUGUAUUCUCCAAUGCAGAACAGCCAGGUGAUGCCUAUUUAUCCACAACAAAUGUUUGGAGGUUAUGUAGGUAUGGUUCAACAGACAACGCAAGGCUUUCACCCAACAGGAUAUGGACUUGGCCAGCAAUUUGAUUCUCAGUACUAUAAUCCAUCUAGAUCUUAUUCCGGAGCAAAUGAGCUCUCACAGAGAAUGUAUGGGCUCUCUGUGCAAGAUAAUAACUCUUUUUCAAGCAUGACUUCUUCCUACCAGAUGCCUACAUCCUCCCCCUCAUAUGUGCACCAAUCAAACAAACCAUCGAAGCUCGACAAUAAUCUUUUCAGUGAUCUUGUUAGUAUGGCUAAAACAAAGCCAACUAAACCUACUGGUAGCAAAAGUUGAUGGCUUGUGAAACAUAUGGAGUUUUUUUUUUUUUGACGUUUUUGGUAGUGAUGCCUUUCUUACAUUGUAUUUUCUCCUGCCUCCACAUUUGUAAGAUGUCCUUUGCUAUGAAUGAUAUAUAUUUGUAUCUUCAUGGGGAGAAGAGUCGAGGUUGAUUAGAAAGAUUUUUAAAGUUAUAUUUGCUUUCA